ACUCUAUCCAUCCAACUAUUAUCGAUUAAACAAUAUAACGAUUUGUCCAGCUCCAAUCUACAAAUACGAAUAAUACUUUAUUUUAAAAGUGAAUGUAAACUUCAAAGUUAGAAUUCAUACAGUAUUGGGAUUUUAUGUUUGUUCAGCAUAAAAAUAAUUAACAUAGUUCUUAUAGACUGAAUAUGUUUGGUUGAAUCAAAACUUGAAUACUAGUGGUCCUAUUGACAGGAUCUAAAUUCAACGUUAUUCAGGAUUAGAGGAGACGUUACGUUACACCAUGAGUCAACCCAACAGUUUUUUUAUGCGAAGAGGCGAUUACCUCAACGAUAGAGAAAGUGACAGAAAUUUUGAUUCACAAUUUUACAACCACAGGCAAAAUAGCUAUCAAAAUGAAUAUCAAGACGCAUCAUCAUCAGAUGCGGGAAGAAACUCAGAUAGAACUUAUACAGCAGAAGAUAGAGGUUAUAAGAGUUCUCUUAAAAUGAAUGAAAAUCGCUUUAAUAACAGUAGAGAUGGUCCUUAUCGAAGUACUGAUAGGAGUUAUCAAGUUCCAUAUCACAGGAAGUAUCCUCCUUCAAGAAAUGAUUUCAAUUCAGAGUAUCAGCCAAAAUAUCAACAGUAUUCACCCAAAAAUCAAUUUCGCUCAGAUUCUCAACCAGAAACUCCACCUCGUUCCUCUAGAAAUCAAUUCUGCCCAGAUAAUCCACCCCAUUUAUCAAGAAAUCAAUUUCAACCAGACUUUACUGCAUACAGUUCAUCAAAUCCCUCAAAGAAUCUAAGUCGCCCAGAGUUUCCAACAGAAUGUCAACCUUAUCCUCCAAGUAAUCAAUAUCGCCAACAGUUCCCAACAGAAAGUUCAUCAAAUCUUCCAAGUGAUAGAUAUCGCCAACAGUUGCCAACAGAAAGUUCAUCAAAUCUUCCAAGUGAUCGAUAUCGCCAACACUCCCCAACAAGAAGUUCAUCAAAUCCUUCAAGUAAUCGAUUCAGCCAACAGUUCCAACCAGAAAGUUCAUCAAAUCCUUCAAGUAAUCGAUUCAGCCAGCAGUCCCCAACAGGAAGUUCAUCAAAUACUUCAAGUAAUCGAUAUCGCCAACAGUCCCCAACAAGAAGUUCAUCAAAUCUUCCAAGUGAUCGAUAUCGCCAACACUCCCCAACAAGAAGUUCAUCAAAUCCUUCAAGUAAUCGAUUCAGCCAACAGUUCCCAACAGAAAGUUCAUCAAAUCUUUUAAGUGAUCGAUAUCGCCAACAGUCCCCAACAAGAAGUUCAUCAAAUCCUUCAAGUAAUCGAUUCAGCCAACAUUUCCCACCAGAAAGUUCAUCAAAUCUUCCAAGUGAUCGAUAUCGCCAACAGUCACCAACAAGAAGUUCAUCAAAUCCUUCAAGUAAUCGAUUCAGCCAACAGUUCCAACCAGAAAGUUCAUCAAAUCCUUCAAGUAAUCGAUUCAGCCAGCAGUCCCCAACAGGAAGUUCAUCAAAUACUUCAAGUAAUCGAUAUCGCCAACAGUCCCCAACAAGAAGUUCAUCAAAUCUUCCAAGUGAUCGAUAUCGCCAACACUCCCCAACAAGAAGUUCAUCAAAUCCUUCAAGUAAUCGAUUCAGCCAACAGUUCCCAACAGAAAGUUCAUCAAAUCUUUUAAGUGAUCGAUAUCGCCAACAGUCCCCAACAAGAAGUUCAUCAAAUCCUUCAAGUAAUCGAUUCAGACAACAUUUCCCACCAGAAAGUUCAUCAAAUCUUCCAAGUGAUCGAUAUCGCCAACAGUUUUCAGCAGAAAGUCAACCUUGUCGUCCCGAAAGUCAAUGUGACUCAAAUUCUCUGGCAAAAAAACCAUCUUAUCCCCCAAGAAAUCAAUUUUGCUCGGAGUUUCCAACAGAGAGUUCACCAAAUCCCAUAAGAAACAAAUUCUAUACACAAGAUCAACACCAGUCAUAUAGGAAUGAAAAGUUUGAGCCCCAAGAACCUAAUUGGCAUCAUCCCAAUGUGGGUGAGUUUGAAAGAAUGGUUUCAUUCAAAUGCAACCAGAAAAAUCAACAACAAUCACCUCUUGAUAGAAUUCCAGCCUUAUCCAGUCAAAAUCCACUCAACAGCUACAACAAUGAAUCAAUAAAUGCAGCCUCAAGCAAAAACGGCUCUAACGUUGGAAAUAAGUUUCAGUCCCUGAAACAGGGACUUGAUAGAAUUAAAAAUACUCCAUAUUCAAAAAAUGUCAAACAAGUAAAAGAAAAGAAUAAUAUGAAACAACAAGUCAUUUCUCCAGAAGAAUCCAAACAUGCUGAUGAGUUUAGAUUGAUAGAGCAUAUAAUCCCUGUCGAGAAAGAAUAUUCUGAAAUCACAAUUGAUGAUAUUAAGAACAGGGAAGGACCGGUUGGUGAUAUUGUUAUAAUGAACAAUAAACAUAAGGAUAAAACGUAUUUUAAAAUCUUGAAAGAAACUGCUGAAACCUGGAAUAUGCUCUUCUAUCUCAAUUCUGAACAGUGCGUGUCUGCCGAGGGAAAAAUAUCCUGGAUUGCAACUGUUCUAUUUAAUGAUGUGGAGCUGUCGAAAGCACAAGGCGAAAAUAAAGGAGAGGUUAGAACGGCAGCUGGUGCUCGUGCCCUAUGGAAACUAUAUCAGUGGUAUUUCACUGUCGAGAAAGAUGAAGCAAAAAAGACCCGGACACAUGACAUUUUGAAAGGGGACUCGGGUCUUAAUGAUUUUCAUAUCGUUCCAAAUCGAGCCAGCCAGAUAGGAGUUGCAAGCGUUAAGGCUACUUUCCAGACGAUAAAAAAUAAAAAUUUGAAUCAUUUGAGGAAGCAGAUAGAAAGUUAUGCAAACGAUCAGAAUUGUCUCGGAUAUCUGAUACUUUCGGAAAAUUUCAACGCUACCACACGGAAAAGUUUGAUGGAAUAUGCCAAAACAUUUAAAAAUCUGCAAACUCCGAAAUUCAAUUGGAACCAAAAAAGUCAGGUGGUAAUAACUAAACUUGAAGAUGUACCCGUUGGCUGGGCCCUUAUAGAAAAGAUUCUCGAAAAACGAGAUCUGUACAAGAGCUCUGGCGAGUAUCAAUUAUAUUUUCCAGGAAAAUUCCCUUUUCCAAUACCCUACGCUUUUCCUGGAGUAGAAUUUUUAACACCUUAAUAUGAUGCAGGUUUAGUGGUGAAUACACUAUCUUAACAAUGAAGCUAUUGUAAACUAUGGUUUGGACACUAUUGCCGAAAAAAUUUCGUAACAGAAACUCUGAUACUGAGACAAAUUAUCUUGAGAGAUAGACAUAUAACCUCAAUUUUGUGUAGGGAUAAAAUGUAUAUAGCAGUACUGUAUUCCAAGACAUUUUUGCUUAUAUUUGAAAAGAUUGUUUUAAUAUACAUUAUGUUCUAUAAAUAAUGUAGCCUAUUUAUUCGAUUUGGAUAGUAUUAGUCUCAUUUAUGAAAUAAAAAAUUGAUCAUUAAAAGAUUCAAAGUGAAUUUUUAUUUUGAAAAAGGUGAAUCAAUGAAGCUAUUCUAAAAUUAUGGUUUAGAAGGGUUUGGACACUAUUUCCGAUUAAAUUUCGUCACAGAAAUUUUAAUACUGAGACACAUUAUCUUGAGAGAGAGAUACGAGUGAUACCUCAAUUUUGUGUAGGUAUAAAUUGUAUGUAGCAGUACAGUAUUCAAAUACAUUUUUGAAAAGAUUGUUUUAAAAUACAUUAUGUCCAAUGAAUAAUGUAGCCUAUUAUUAAAUUCUCAUAGUAUUAGUUUUAUUUAUGAAAUAAAAAAUUGAUAGUUGAAUGAUU